UCCCAUGUAUGUAGAUGAGAAUUAAGCAGACGCAGCCAGUGUGACUCGCCCAUCGACACACCUGAGAAUUAAUGAGCAGAACGUCAAGGUUACAAAUGUAAUGCCAGUGGCAAAAUAACACCACAAAAAGUCACUUUGAUCCUACUUUCUUUUCAGGUUUCCAUCCUGAUGAUAUGAAUGAAAAAACUAAAUCACAUGACGCAUGUGACAAGAACUGGAGUGGCCUCACUGCUUCAACUCCCUAUUGCAGUUCUAAGCACCUCUGGUUACCUGUGGAGCAACAUCUCCAGCUUGAAUGCACAGAGAAACAAGAAGACAAGGGGGGUUGUAAUACUGUGAAAUCCAAUGAACACCCUCCAUCUGAUGUUGUUGAGCUCUUCUGUCCCACUCUGCCCUCUGCUGCUCUGGCCCCUUUGGCUCUUGGAGCAUACACAGGGCCCCACACCGAUGUCCUCAAGCAGGGUUAUCUGGGAAAGCAAGAGCACAAGCAUAGAAGAUAUUUUGUUCUGAGAGCUGGAAGUCACUCCGGGCCAAGUCGCCUUGAGUGGUACAAAACACAAGAGAGGUUCACUGCAGUGGAAAAGUCUGCAGAUGAAGAAGGGUUUUUUGGCUCUCACAAGCAAGGGGUGAUUUUCCUGAGGUGCUGCCUUGGUGUGAGUCUGAUCAGAAGCUCCAGAAAAGACUACAAAGUUGCCCUAUAUGCUAAAGACCAAACCAUAGUAUUUGUGGGUAAGGAUGAACAAGAACAACAAGAGUGGUACACUGCUAUUAAGGAGCUGAUGGAGGAAGAGCUACAGGAUGCAGAUAGAGAGGGCUUUGAUGAAGAGGAUGCAGGUUACUGCACCUUACCCCCGGCUUCCUUCUUUAAACAGGUGUGGCCAGUCACUGUGAAGCCCAGAGGUCUGGGCCGCUCCAAAGCUCUCACAGGUGAGAUCCUUCUGUGUCUUACAGCUUCUUCUCUGGUCUUGGUACGAGUGGGCCAUGACCAUGAGAUGCCCUCAGUCAUACUGCCCCUGCUGGCUGUGCGGCGCUUCGGUCAUUUGGAUGGAUCUUUCUUUCUGGAGCUGGGCAGAUCUGCACCUCAUGGGCCUGGAGAGAUCUGGAUGGAAGCAAGAGAGGAAGGAAAUGUGUCCCUGGCACAGCAGAUUCAUGAGGUUGUCCGUGAAACAGUGAGGGCUCUAAGAGUUAUUCCAGACUUUAAUUGGUCCUCAAGUCCUAGUAGAAGCAAUGGCUCUCUCUCCCACAGCCUGUUUGCCCUAAAGCGCAGCCGCCCAAAACAAAGGGAGAAGCUGGGCCACUGCAGACCCAACAGUGGCCCUCAGGUCUUAUGUGGAAGCCUGCACAGUCACAACCACAGUGACCCUGAUGUGGAGGAGACACUAAGACCAGACAAUAUGAGGACAGAGCCCAGCUCUGAGCCAGAGGCUGACAGUUACAUGGAGAUGAAGACGGAGCAUUCUCUGCUCAGAGAGGGGCCUGGGUACGUGCUGAUGACCCCACAGCUCAGUCAGAGCCUCCAUCAGGAUGACUAUGUGUCUAUGACCAGUCCACAGAAACAGGCCCUAACCAAUCACACAUCACUCUCUUUUCUACAGACCUCGUACAGUUCUGACUCAGAUGUGCAGACUCCACCACCUUGGACACUAUUCUCAGGUCAACAGUCAAACCCGCGAGCCGUGACUGUGUGGAGCACCUCCUCUACCAUGAGGAGAGCCGGGGGUCUCAGACUCAUCUCUCUGUUUGGCAGAACCUCUUUGGAAGCAGUCAAUCCCCUGCCCACAUCGCAGCAGCCUGUCAGGAGAGGCCUACUGUCCUGUCUACCAUCCUGUCUACAGCCAAACAGAUCGUAAUGUCAUCACAAACUGAUGGGGAAAGCAGUUUAUAAACAGUAUUCAUCUGUUGAUUGUGAAAGACUGUUUAAGUUUUUUUUUUUUACCCCAGAAGAUGCCUAUUCUGCAUUAGAGGAGAAAAAAGUUAGUGUGUGAUUUUACUCUCCCAUUUGAGGCAGUGUGUUCUGUGAUUUUCCUUUUUGCUGAAAAUGCACCGAAAUCUAGUAUCACCAUCACAGUAAUGAGAAAAUAAAGCAAUAUAAAUGCA